UAAGCUCUUCACAUCUUAGCUUCAGAGAAAGCUAAAAAUAAUUAAGAUUUAGUAAAUAUAGUGAAGCCUGCAGAUCCUGCCAAUUAUCUUGAUUUAAGUAUGAACUAUAUGCCAGCUCAAAAAGGCACCACCUGCCCACCUCAAGAUGCUAACUGCACCAAGAUACUAGAGUCUAUGAGUACCUGGAACGAUUCUGAAUUUAGUUCUUACAAACUUGUUGAACUGCCACCAAUAGUGACCACGGAACCCCCUAGAGAAGUUAUACAUCAUGCCUACCCUACAGCUGAUGUCCCAGAUCAUGUACAUUAUACCAUCGGAGCUGUAAUCCUGGCAGUAGGGAUAACAGGAACGCUGGGUAACCUCCUAGUCAUCUAUGCUUUCUGCAGAAGUCGGAGUCUUCGAUCACCCGCCAAUAUUUUCAUCAUCAACCUCGCUAUCACUGAUUUCUGUAUGUCUAUCACUCAGGCACCAGUGUUCUUUGCUGCAAGUUUACAUAAACGUUGGAUAUUUGGAGAGAAAGGUUGUGAAUUAUAUGCCUUCUGCGGAGCCCUUUUUGGAAUCACAUCCAUGAUUACAUUGAUGGUGAUUGCUGUGGAUAGGUAUUUCGUAAUCACUCGACCACUUGCCUCGAUCGGAAUGAUGUCCAAGAAAAGAGCAGUGUUAAUCCUUUUAGGUGUCUGGCUGUAUUCUUUGGCGUGGAGCCUUCCUCCCUUCUUUGGUUGGAGUGCCUAUGUUCCUGAAGGGCUUUUGACCUCCUGCACAUGGGACUAUGUGACAUUCACACCAUCUGUUAGAGCAUACACAAUGCUCCUCUUCUGCUUUGUCUUCUUCAUACCACUUUUUGUCAUUAUAUAUUGCUACAUAUUUAUUUUUAAGGCCAUCAAGAACACUAACAGGGCUGUUCAAAAGAUUGGUUCGGAUGACAACAAGGAAUCUCAGAAACAGUAUCAGAAAAUGAAAAAUGAAUGGAAGAUGGCAAAGAUUGCUUUAAUUGUCAUCCUCUUAUAUGUGAUUUCAUGGUCUCCCUAUUCAACUGUUGCAUUGGUGGCCUUUGCUGGGUAUGCCAAUAUCUUAACGCCGUACAUGAACUCCGUACCUGCUGUAAUCGCAAAGGCAUCUGCCAUUCACAAUCCAAUUAUCUAUGCCAUCACUCAUCCUAAAUAUAGAAUGGCAAUUGUAAAGUACAUUCCUUGUCUGCGGUCAAUACUUAGAGUAUCCCGCAAAGACUCUAGAUCCUUUAGCAACUAUCCAUCAUCUAGACGCUCGACUGUUACCAGCCAUUGCAGCCAAGCUUCUGAUAUAAGUGGACAUCCAAAACUGAGAGGCCAUCUACCCUCUGUCUCAGACAGUGAAUCAGGUUGGACCGAUACUGAAGCUGAUAGUAGUGUAAACUCCAGACCAGCUAGCAGGCAGGUGUCCCAUGAAAUGAGCAAAAACACCACUGAGAACAAUGACAUAAAAUCUAAAGCUAUGCUGAAAAGUCAUGAUUCUGGAAUAUUUGAAAAGAACUCAAUAGACGCCGAUGACAUUUCAUUGGUAGAAAUUGGCCCAUCAGAUCGCAGUUCUCCACUUGCUAUGGGGAAAUAUUUGAAUAGCUAUGGCCAAAGGAAAGGGGAUCCUAUCACCCGUGUAGCAGCAUCAAGAAUACCCAGCAUCAUAGUGACCUACAGCAAUCACCAAGGAGACCAACCGGUAGUAGAACAUAACACGACCCUGCCUUGUCAUAGAAACAACCAAGAUUGGGAGAAAGAUAUCAGAAGACAAAUGGAUAAAAUGAAGCAGAAUUCUACAUCCAUCAUCACUGAGACCAUACCAGAAAAUAGCACAGAAGUGAUCACAGAUCAGUCUUCACCAAGUAAAAUGUCAUAAAACUGCUAUAAAUGUGAUGUGUACUGGCGCACCAUUGUGCUAUCUUUUGGUUUGGUUACGUUAAACAGACCAUAGUUGGUCCACCAUGUUACACUACUUAGAGUGCUUCCUCAUUCUACAAUUUAUACAGUUUAACUAGAUAUAAUAUAUGGGUAAUAUAUCAUCCUAUACAGCCAGCUUUAUUGUAAUAAGAAUGUACUUCUGUGAAACGCUCAUUAAAUGUAUAGUACAAUAUAUUCAUGGGGUGAAAAGACAUAGAAUGACAUAGGACUACAUAAAAGGGUUGUCUGCUCAUCAAAAAACAUUCUAAUGUUUCCACAGCAAAUCGCCCACAGGAGUUUGAGUUUCUGUAGGAUCACCGCUUCAUUCCCCUGUUAUGUCAUAGUGACUUGUCCAGGGCUUCUUGCAAUGACUUCAUAUCCCAUCUGCUGAUCACAUGGGUUUCUCUCCAUGUAGUCCAUCACCUCUGAUGAAAUGAGAUGGACAGCCAUAUCCUUAAAGGGGUAUUCCGGUAGGUAAAAGAUAUUCCCUAUCCCUGCUCUUACAUGUGAUAUAAAAAUACUUUUUCUAAAAGUCAUCCACAUUUUUAUUAUAAACAAUUCACACCUGAUAAGCACCUUACAUCCUUAGAAGGAUCAGAAGGGAGAACGUUUUAUUCAGUCUUUUCCUACAAAACUAUAUAUAAAACUGCUCAGCUCCUCCUGCUCUGUAACAUGCUGACUAGAGAUCAGACAGCAUUUUGUGGUAACAGGUUCCCUUUAGGUGCAUUGCUUCUUGACUUUCCAAAAUAGCCAGUCUUUAUAUAGCACAGUCUAUGAUCUGAGUAGUGUUGAUCGCGAAAUUCUAAUCACUAAUUUUUAUCGUGAAUAUUGGCACUUCGAGAAUUAGCGAAGAUUGGGAAUAUAGUGCUAUAUCUU